UGAGAAAUACGUGAAAUGUUCCAGGAAAGUACUUUAAAUAACAGUGCAUUAAUUAUUAACGUGUGUGCUAUUGACAAUUUUUUUUCUCCCGCAGACAUCCCGGACAUCCCCGACAACAUAAAGAACCUGAAGGCCCUGCAGGUGGCCGACUUCAGUAGCAACCCCAUCCCCAGACUUCCUGGCGGUUUCACCCAGCUGAAGAAUCUGACUGUACUGGGGCUCAAUGACAUGUCCCUCACCAACCUACCUUAUGAUUUUGGCUGUUUGGUAAACUUACAAUCAUUGGAACUAAGAGAAAACUUGCUCAAAGGCCUACCAGAAUCAGUCUCCCAGCUUACAAAGCUGGAGAGACUGGACAUUGGAGACAAUGACAUAGAAGAAUUGCCCCCUCACAUAGGAGACUUGCCAGCUCUGCAAGAAUUAUGGCUUGACCACAAUCAGAUAUCUCACCUUCCUCCGGAGACAGGCCGCCUCAAGAACCUUCUGUGUCUUGAUGUCAGUGAAAACCGCCUGGAGGAUGUGCCCGAGGGACUUGCCGGUCUCACAAGCCUCACUGACCUCCACCUCUCCCAGAACCUCAUAGAAAGCCUCCCUGAUGGUAUAGGAGCUCUCACAAAGCUCACCAUAUUCAAGGUGGAUCAGAAUCGACUCAUGGUCUUAAAUCCCAACAUUGGCAAGUGUGAGAACCUACAAGAACUUAUCUUGACAGAAAACCUUUUAACAGAAUUGCCUGACACCAUAGGCAACCUUACCAAGCUUACAAAUCUCAAUGUUGAUCGCAACAGAUUAAAUGAACUUCCAGCACAAAUUGGUAAUUUGGUAAACUUGGGUGUCUUAUCACUACGAGAUAAUCGACUUCAGUAUCUUCCUCCUGAAACGGGCAACUGCUGUGAACUUCAUGUCCUUGAUGUUUCAGGCAAUCGGUUGCAAUAUUUGCCGUUGACCAUCACUGCCCUGAACCUUAAGGCUGUGUGGCUUAGUGAAAAUCAGGCUCAACCUAUGCUUAAUUUCCAGACUGAGGUUGACGAAGCUUCUGGUCAAGAAGUUCUCACGUGCUUCCUCUUACCCCAGCAAGAAUACCAACAUGAAAGCCCAGAGUACGCCUGUGGUAUGGCUGGUAGCGAGGGCAGGCUGUACCGCACUGGCGACCUGAGCACCGAUAAUUUGACCGCCAUCGGCCCCGCAGCAAGUGUAUGGGCGCAAGAUGACGAUGUGAGCUGGGACGCCAACGAUCAGCACGAAGUGUCACGAGUUUCUGUCGUCAAAUUCCGGGAUGAUGAAGACCCUGAGGAAGGAAAGGAGCAAUUAUGCAAACGACUGGUGGAAACACUGAGCAACUUCGUGCGCCACAACACUCCACAUCCAAGGGAUUUGAAGUUACGUGCAGAAAAACUAUUUGGUAAAGGUGGCAAAUCAAGUGAAGGACCACUAGUAACAGCUGGGGAGCUCACGGACAAAGGUGAAGUUUUUCGUCCCCAUCGAGUCCCUCCAUCAUCACCACUACCAGGGCAGACAAAGCAGGAGGUGAAGGAGAUUGCUGCUGAAGUGGUACUUAGGCCAAAACAUCAGCAGGAGGUGCGCAUAGAGACAGAAACAUCUGCAUGUCAGGAGACACCUGUUGGAGAAGAAAGUGGUGAUGACAACAGUCUGAUUGAAAGUGAGAAACAUGUGGGCUUUUCCUUGUUGAGUGAAACUGCAGAAGUUAUAGAAGAAAUUCAAGAAGAUCAUGAGAGGCCGAGCCGUCUACAGCGAAGAGACACACCUCACCACCUCAAAAACAAACGUAUCAGCCCUACCACAAAGAAUGCAGACUUGGAGAAAGUUGCUUCCAUCAUCGCUCAGCCACUGCGAAGUGAAUUGCGCAGACAGGCAUUGCAGCGUGGAGAUGGUAGUGAAGGAAACAGCAAUCAUGAUCAAGCUGCUUCAGAAUCUGACGCUGAAAUUCGUUCCAUCGUCUCAGACUCGGGCCCCUCAGUAGUUGUUGAGGAGAAGAAGAUGGAAGUGAACGUUGAACGGACAACUGGUGGCCUUGGUCUGUCUAUAGCUGGAGGCCGGGGAUCAACGCCAUACAAGGGGGAUGAUGAGGGGAUUUUCAUCUCACGGGUUACUGAUGCCGGACCAGCCUAUCUUGCUGGAUUAAGAGUUGGAGAUAAAUUGCUCAUGGUAAAUGGGCAUGAUGUAGAAAUUUGUGACCACUAUGAAGCAGUUAAUAUAAUGCGAGAGGCAGGAUCUCAGCUGAGACUUGUAGUUUCACGAGAAGUAACUAGAAUUGUUCCAGAAACGAAAAAUAAUCAAGUAGAGCCUGUCGCUAAUCAUGUGGUGACACAAGGAGUAAUAAGCACUUCAGCUCCUAGUCCAGUUUCACAACAGAGUGGUCUUCAACAGACUGCACUGACAGAUGUAACAGCCAAUCAUGUGGACAUGGUGAUCAAUGGUCAUAGUGAUUCACCAGCUGUUAAUGGAGAGCAUCCUCGGAUAAAUGGUGAUGCUGAACCUAAUGGCGAAAUGGAGCACUAUGACAAAGAGAACUUCCCGACGCAGAUCCUGACGGAAACCAUCUACACUACUCUCAUGAGGGAUCACAAUGGCUUGGGCUUCAGCAUAGCAGGAGGGAGAGGAGCAGCACAGUUCAAAGAUGGAUCAGAUGCUAUCUUCAUAUCCAGAAUAACAGAAGGUGGAGCAGCAGCUAAGGAUGGAAAACUACGGGUUGGGGAUAGAGUUAUAUCUAUUAAUGGUGUAGAUUUGGAUGGGGCUCGCCAUGAUCAAGCUGUGUCAAUGUUGACUGGCCUGGAGCGCUUUGUACGUUUAGUAGUUCAUCGUGAGACUUUAGUUCCCCCUGGUCAGGGUAACAGUAACAAUUCUAAAUCAUCUCCGAGAGUCUUCGGUGCGCCUCGACCAUAUACUGGACUAUACAGUGCGGGUUCAUACAUGGCCAAUCGCCCAAGCUACACAGGUUAUAGACGUGCUCAGCCAGGUGGGCGAUUAUCAGGCUCAAACUUACCAGAUGCCAACCAUAGCCCUCAUAGUAGUCCUGUUGGAUCUCCAGCCACAAUAACCAAACAGCAACAACAACAACAGCUAACUGGUCUUGCAGAUCCAACAGCAUCACUAGCAGUCAACACUGGAGGGACCAUCCCAACUGGCACCACCCAGGUAGCCCCACAUCGACCCCUCACUAAUGAUGAUUUUCAGGCCAUGAUUCCACAGCAUUUUCUUCAAGGUGGUCGAGCACAAGAUGAGGAUAAUUCCUCGGUGCAUGUAAAAGUCAACUUGCCAUCGGACCACACCCCCAUGGGUGUGUCUUUCCCUCCUCCACCCACCAAGUUAGGGAAGGUCACAGAGACCGUCACCAAAUCCCUGCUCACCGAGACAGUAGUAACACGGAUCACUGACAACAAGCUGGGCCAUGUGCCUCUUGUGGUUGAGGAAGUAGUGUUGUAUAAAGAUGGAGGACCAUUAGGGCUGAGCAUUAUUGGAGGAUCAGACCAUUUCUGUGUUCCAUUUGGUACUUCAGCUGAUGAUCCAGGAGUAUACAUAUCAAAAAUCACAGCAGGUGGAGCAGCCCAUAAAACAGGGAAGCUUCGUAUGGGAGAUCGUAUCUUAGCAGUUAAUGGGACUGACAUGACAGGAGCAUCCCAUCAAGAAGCUGUCAUGGCACUUCUUAAUCCACCCAAUGAAAUAGUACUAUCAAUCCGACAUGACCCGCAGCCCAAAGGGCUUAAGGAGGUAAUCAUCAAGAAGUUAGCCGGUGAAAGACUGGGGAUGAACAUCAAGGGUGGCGUACAAGGCUCUCCUGGAAACCCGCUAGACAAGUCUGAUGAGGGUGUAUUCUUAUCUAAAAUAAACUCCAAUGGAGCAGUUCACAGAGAUGGCAGACUGAAGGUUGGUCAAAGGGUGUUGGAGGUAAAUGAACACUCUCUGUUGGGGAUCUCUCAUGAGGAAGCUGUAAAUAUAAUGCGCACUGCCGGCUCCACCAUCAGACUUGUUGUGUGUGAUGGCUACGACAAUCAACUGGUACAACAGAUGAAGAAUGAGGGACGUUUGGGCCAUGAGUCUCGUAGCACCAGUCAAAGUGUCACUUCUCUUGACAGAGAAGAUCGUGAUACCAACCAAACACAAGUAAUUAAAAUUAAAAAAUUUUUUUAGUGUAGGCUAUUUUGU